AUGACCGUGAAGGUGGAAGAGAGCUGCUUCAAUGUAGAGAGGGCCUUCCUGGCCAAGCACAGCAACUACUUCCGGGCCCUCUUUGAGUCUGGCAUGCGAGAUAGUAAUCAGGACACGUUCAGUCUUAAAGGUGGAGUUAACGCCAGAGGUUUUCUGAUCGCUUUGGCCGUCUGUAACGGAGAAUUUCCACCUCUGCGGGAUCCGGAUGAGCUGCUAGACGCGGUGGAGUGCGCCGCUUUCCUGCAGAUGCCGCAUUUGAUCGACCAUCUUUGUGAUAUCGUCGAUUCGGACAACUGCGUCUUGCUUUACCGCGCCGCCUCCGUCUUCGGGGUGCAGGAGCUUUUUCACAGCGCCGCUCUUUUCCUCUGCGAUACCUUCGAACACCUGAGGGAGACGGCGGAGGCGAUGCUACCAGAGGAUCUGCUGCAAUAUUCUCGUUCGUUGUCGCCGGCAUCUUACGUCGCGAUCGGUACUCAUUCUCCUUCGAAGGAGACGCUCCAAGACUCCCAUCGGGUCGUGCGCUACUUGGAUGAGAAAGAAGGACAGUGGAGGCAUCUCACGCGCCUUCCGACACUUUGUAGCACAUCCAUGUGCGGUGUGGCGGUGCUGGACAACCGCCUGUACAUUGUCGGGGGAGUUUACGGUUACGGAAAAGACACCGUGGACGGCGCCUUCCGAUUUGAUCCGGAAUCGGGGGUUUGGACUGCUCUUCCAGGGCCUCGCAAACCCAGGUACGACUUCACUUUACUGGGACACGAGGGCCGACUCUACGCCAUCGGAGGCGAGUUCCAGAAACGGUACGAGGCCACAGCGGAGACUUACGAUCCUGUGAAAAGCGAAUGGACUUCAAUACGACAAGCGCCGAGACCUGUCGCGUCGGCCGCCUGCGCCGUGGCGAGGCGUCGGAUGUUCGUCUGCUUCUGGAAGCCUCCCGACACUACGGAUAUCUACGAGUACGUAGCGUCAGACGACGAGUGGAAGCUGACAACCACCAUGAUCAGACCUCAGAGUUACGGCCACUGCAUGGUGGCGCACCGGGACAAUUUGUACGUCAUGCGAAAUGGGCCGUGUGACGACUUUCUCCGCUGUCUGAUAGACUGCUACAAUAUCAGCUCGGCCCAGUGGACGGCAUUGCCGGGACACUACAUCAACAGCAAGGGGGCGCUCUUCACCGCCGCGAUAAGAGGCGAUUCCGCGUUUACCGUCAAACACGCGCUAACGCUGGAGUACACUGUGGGCGCCAACGCGUGGAAACCGCGGAGGCAAAUGAAAGGUUUUCCCGAGAAUGGAUCGCUUUGGACGUGUUUACUCAGGCUUCCCGAAACAGGAGUAGUGGAUGCACAGGGGAAGGAUAAGGAAAUGCCAUUGAAAGGCAGAACGGAGAGAUCAGUAGAUGAUUUGCUGGAGGUCUAA